AAUUUAAAAAUAAAUGGGUUAAAGUUUCACUCAGAUCCGUGUUUUCACAAAAAUCUGGAAUUACUGUAUUUAUUCAUGUAUCAUACUAGAAAUUUAACCCUAAAAAUCAUCCAUAAAAUGGGGGGAUAGUAUUAUAUAUGGGUUAUUGAUGAUUAGAUUUUCAAUGCUUUUUAAUCUCAAAAAAUCAUAAUCAUAUUGUACUCGAGAUCGUAUAAUACAUGAAUAAAUACGGUAGGCUGCAUUUCUGGUAAACAUUCACACAUCAAAAACCUUCAGCUCAUUAAGCUGCUGUCACCUUUGUUUUAAGUAAUUUGUAACUUAACUUUAUUGACAACUAGUUCCUUCAAAAAAAACUGUUUAAAAUCUACUUCAGCUACUGGCUCCGUUUGUCUUCUUUAGCUACWUUUUAGCCUUUUCUACUUGUAGCUUUCAGCUAUUGUUUCUAACCAAAGGUUAAAAAUAAGUGCAUUUUUAUUUUCUGAACAGUUUAAUAAAAGCGGUGAUGCUUGGGGGGGCGGAGUCAAUCUGACGGGCCCCGCCCCCUCCCUCCUGUACAUAAAAACUUUCCGGCGCGUGCUCCUGGACUUUUAACGCACGCCGGAAUGGAUCCGCUCCUCUGCGCUCUCUGGUCCCCCUCAGCGGACCGGGAGAGUCCGGUCGGACCGGUCUGAAGAGGUUCUGGAAGGAAGGAUGCUCCGGCAGGAAGUGGCUCUGUGGAACCUGUUGGACCUCAGAAGGCCGGAUCGGGUUGACUGAUGACGGACCUGAACUGGACUCCUGGUUCUGUCAUCUCGGGAGGAUCUUAUAAUGACGUCAGAAUAAAGCUAGAAUCGUUUCAGAAAGGCUGAAGUGGACCGGGUCUUCAAGAGUCCGGUUCUGGACUGAAGGGGUCUUCCCAGUUUUUUUAAUUUUAUUUUUUAGUUUGGAUGAUUUUAUUGUGAAAGGAAAGAGGAAAUUGACUCUUGACUCCUCUGUAAGAUGACCGUCUGUCUUCUCCGGAUGGUCCUCCUCUUGGUUCUGGUCCCGGUUCUACUCCUCUGCUCCCGCUGCAGCGCCCAGUCUGACCCGGACUCGACCCGGGUCUCCUGCGCGUCCUGCGCCGCCUCCGCUCAGCCCGAGGAGGAGGAGGAGGAGUCCGGACGGGUGGACGGAGAGCUCCUGGAGGCGGUGAAGAGGCACAUCCUGACUCGACUGCAGCUCCGGGACCGGCCCAACAUCACACACCCGGUUCCGAAGGCUGCCAUGGUGACGGCGCUCCGGAAGCUGCACGCGGGGAAGCUGCGCGAGGACGGCAGGCUGGAGAUCCCGAACCUGGACGGACUCCCGAUGGGACCCGAGGUUCUGGAGGAAAGUUCGGAGAUCAUCAGUUUCGCAGAGAAAGAUGACCUGGUCACAUCCAAAUCCAGCAUGUUCUUCUUGAUCUCCAACGAGGGGAACCAGAACCUCCACGUGACCCAGGCCACCCUCUGGCUGUACUUCAGGCUGCAGCUUCCUGCCGUGGAGGUGCGUGGGAAAAGGAAGGUGACGGUGAAGGUGUACUACCAGGAGCCGGGCCUCGGCAGCAGGUGGAACCUGGUGGAGAAGCGGGUGGAGCUGAGGCGCAGYGGCUGGCACACCUUUCUGCUCACCAACGCCGUCCGCCUGGCGUUCGCCAAAGGAGCCGACCGGCGSCAGAACCUGGACAUACGCUGUGAGGGCUGCGAGGCCGAGGGCGUGGUGCCGGUCCUGCUGAACCUGAACGAUGAGUCCCACCGGCCCUUUCUGGUGGUGCGGGCGCGGCAGGCGGACGGCAAGCACCGCAUCAGGAAGAGAGGACUGGAGUGCGACGGSAGCAGCAGCCUGUGCUGCCGGCAGCAGUUCUACAUUGACUUCCGGCUCAUCGGCUGGAACGACUGGAUCAUCGCGCCCUCGGGCUACUUUGGGAACUACUGCGAGGGGAACUGUCCCGCCUACAUGGCCGGCGUGCCCGGCUCUGCRUCGUCUUUUCACACAGCGGUGGUGAAUCAGUACCGCAUGAGGGGGAUGAGCCCCGGAUCCAUGAACUCCUGCUGCAUCCCCACCAAGCUCAGCACCAUGUCCAUGCUGUACUUCGACGACGAGUACAACAUCGUGAAGCGGGACGUGCCCAACAUGAUCGUGGACGAGUGCGGCUGCGCCUGACACUUUACUUCUUUCAUGACAGAAAAACAGAUUAUUUAUGGAGACACAUCCACAAACUCAUGUACACCUGCACACGUUUUCUUAUAUAUGUUUGUUGAUGCUCACACAGGAGGUCUCUUCUAGGCCCCGCCCACCUGGGAAACAAUCAACAGAUCCUCAUUAGAUCUGGAAGACUUUGGUAAUCCUGUAGUCUUUACUGAGCACGAUAAUCUGCCAUGUUGUUAGAGUGAAACUGAGACAGAGAGGGGGAUUGAUCCGGGUCAGAUCGGAUCCACGAACUGUGGUGUCAACUCUGAUAGCAGAACCUACAAACAGCACUUCUGGUCUUUAAUCCCAAGUUAAGAACAAAUAAAAAACGAAAAUCUCUGCAGAAAGUUCACAGAACCAGAGAAACUCUCCAAAGAAAAGACAAAACAUUAAACAGAAAAUUCAUUUAAAAAAUGAGUCGAUCGUGAAACAACAUUUGUUAAAUGUGGAAAAUCUACCUAUCAGCUGGUAAUUCAUGAACUGUGCAGUUCUCAACAAGACCCAAACUAGACCCAAUGUAGACUUAAUCUAGUCCCAAACUAAACCCGAAUUGAACCCAAGUUAGACCCAAUCCAGACCUGAUCUAGUCCCAAGCUAGAUCCAAAUUGGACCCAAAUACAAAACCCAAAAAAGACAACAAAUUAAAUCCAAUCUAGACCUGAUCUAGUCUGAAACUAGAUCUAAAUUAGACCCAAAAAAGACAUAAACUAGACCCGAACUAAACCUGAACUGAACCCAAAUUGAACCAAGUUAAACCCAUACAUUGGACCCAAUCUAGACUUAGUCUAGUUCCAAACUAGACCUUAAUUAGAUCUAAAAAAGACCCAAAAUAUCCCAAAGUGAAACAAGUCAAACCCAAACUAGAUCCAAAUCAGACACAAGUUGAACUCAAAUAGAACCAAAAUGAAAUAUUAACAGUAAAAAUUAACAUUCUUUAAUUUUUAUUUCUCACCAUUUUCUGACCUGACCUGCUGGUGAAGUCAUGUAAGAAUCGUCUAUACUGAGACCUGAUGGUGGGGACUAUUUCCUGGAACAUAUGGGUGAUGUGUGUUUACUGAUGAGUGGUCUUUGUCUGUUGGAGCAGAUUUCAUAUUUAUUUGUAGUUUUUUGGUUUUUCUGAGUCAAUAUUGGAACACGGUGGUCUUGGUGCUCCUUUAAAAUUAACAUUAGACUUUAACAUUACAUCACUGAGCAAAGAUAUCUGAACAUGAUGUUUACUGGUUUACAUCUUUGAAUAUUUGCAUCGUAAACACAAAUAUAAACAAAUAUAAACAAUUAUCACAGGAAUCAAACCAGCAAAUCCUUCAAAUACCCAGUCCGAACCAUCRGUAUUCAUAUCACUGAUGUUCUUCAGUAAAUGGUUCUGACCAUCGUGUCCCUGUCCUGAUGGUCUUCGCUUCCAGCUGUGCAUAAAAUUAAAGUUAAUGAAAUAAAACUAGCAUGUUAAUAUUUCCUGUUCUUCAGCUGAGAUGAAGGGGUCUAAAGGUGACCUUUGAUAUUUGGGUCUAGUUGAAACGUAUGUAAACUAUGAGACUCAUAUUUGUCUAUUGGAUAAAUCAGUUUAGUUCAAGUUUAUGACAUAACUAAAAGUACUAAAUUUAUAAAAUAUUUUAGAAAAUAAAAAAAAUAUUUUAAAAGUUUUCAUAGUUAAACUAUGAAUUUUAUUCAGAUUUUAUUUCCUUUUUGUCUUUAGAAUUAAGCCUGAAAUGUAAAGAAUGAGCAGCCUUCUGUUCUGUAUUUUAUUUAAACUGAUUGAAAAWUUUUCAGUCAGUCUAAACACAAACAAACAAUCAAAGUUUAUGCAUCAAACAAAACAUAUAAAGUGAGAAACAUAWGUAGUUUUAUGUUUCUGUGAUGGGCACUUAAAGACUUUUCAGGUCAAA